AACACACAGAUGCUUUCAGGACGGGCACAUUUACCAAGCAGACGCUGAGACGUGAGGAGCUCUUACAAGUGGAGGUGAAAUACAACACUGUUAAGAAUGAUUGCAUUGUGCAUUUGCCUGUUGCUGACCCCAGCUGCCCUGGUCCAUGGCUCCCUGAUGGACGCGCAGACGGACUUUGGCUUUAAGAUCUUUUCUGGACUGUCCCAGGACCACUCCAACCAGAGCGUGGUUUUCUCACCAUUUGGAGUGACCGCGGUGAUGUCCCUGGCUCAGCUGGGUGCCGCUGGACAGACAUAUAAGGAUCUGACCGGUGCAAUGGGCUUCUCUAUGAGAGAGCGAGGGAUGUCCCGGCAGCAGCGUCUCCUCCAGAGUGCAGUGUCUGCUGAGGAGGAGGUGGAAAUUGCCACUGGGGUCCUGGUGGAGAGGAAAAUGUCCAUAGAGAAGGGUUACAGACGUGCCCUGGCCAAAGCCUUCCUCACACACCCUCACCAGGUGGACUUCAGCCAGCCGGAGCAAGCCAUCAACAUCAUCAACGCGUGGGUCUCUGACAACACUAAUGGAGCCAUCUCAGACUUCCUGGCUAACGGCUCUCUGACUGAGGAGACACGGCUGGUGAUGCUGAAUGCGCUGCACUUCCAUGGGCAGUGGAAGGUCCCAUUUGACCCUCGGCUCACCCAGGAGAGGAUGUUCCUGUGUGCCAAUGGGACCCAAACACCGGUGCACAUGAUGAGGCUCACUGACCGCUUCCACUAUGGUGAGUUUGUAACCACUGGGGGAGUGGACUACGACGUGAUCGAAGUGCCCUACAAGGGGGACUCACUGAGCAUGCUCUUGGUGUCUCCAUUUGAACGCGAUGUCCCUCUGAGUGUCCUGACCACAGAGCUGACCAGUCACACCCUCAGGAGGUGGAGACAGGGGCUGAAGAUGGUCAAGAGACAGUUGGCUGUGCCCAGGUUCACUCUAGUGUCUGAUUUGAACAUGAAGAAGGUGCUCACUGAUAUGGGACUGGGCAACAUGUUCAACCUGGCAAGGGCUGACUUUACACGCAUCACUACUGAUGAGAAACUUUGUGUAUCCAAGGUUCUGCAGAAAGUCACAUUAGAAGUCAAUGAAGAUGGCACCAAGGGAGCAUCAGCCUCAGCUGCAGUCAUGUUUUCCCGUAUGGCCGUGGAGGAGAUCACUCUGGACAAGCCCUUUCUCUUUUUGGUCCAACACAAGCACACAGGAGCGGUUCUUUUUAUGGGCCAGUUCAACCAGCCUCAGCCCUGACCCGGACCAGCUUGGAGGUGUAUUCUUCAGCAAGUAACUUCUCAAACGAAGAAGGACUUGGCUUUGAGCUAAAUAAAGCCCCAUUCACAAAUACAACUUGACCCAAGAGUUUACCAAGCAUUUUGCCAGAACAGGGUCAUGUAUGAAUGAACCCAGAGCUGAUUUCCCUGCAUUUUUGAUCUGGCAAUUUCCCAUCUAAAUUACUGGGAAUAUGCAGGAAAAAAUGUGAUUAUGCAGAAAAGUGCCUACAUAAUCUUUUUUUUUCUUGAGUAACUGCCUUGGUUUCCGUGGUUACAACUUUGGUUUCGCUGGUUAUGCUACAUGGUUACAUUUUAUUGUCAUUCAGUUUAAAUGAUGCAGCAGGGUGUUGCUGUGUGAGAGAGUGCAGACAAAUAGAGGUUAUGUGUGAACAGAGCAGACCUGGCAAUGUUUUUGGACUGGUGCAAGGGUGAAUGGGAUGUUCUGGCAUUUUGUACCUGGCAAUUUAUGAUCUUCAAGUGAGUGGGGCUUAAGAGACUUUAUUACUUUAUUUAACUUUUCUUGAGAUGUUUAUUCAGAAAAAUGUUGUAUCUGCUCCUUCAUUCUUCAAUCUAACUUUAAUACCUAGAGAUCUUGUACAGACAUGUUUGUAUAU